AUGCUGGAUAUUCGGCUGGAGCCUACGGAGACAUCGCGAGGAGACGGCUACAUGAACCCCCAAUUGCUUCAACGAGUUUCGGGUGCAGAUUUAGUGAACAAGGCAAUCCAGGAGGCCUUUGCUGUGCAGAUGGAUAUGUCCAGAGUCCGAGAUCGGCAAUGGAAGACGGCUUUUGAGGAGAUCCUUAUUGAGUUUGAAACAGGGUCAUGGCGGGUGCAUCCUAACGUGUCCGAGUGGAUCCUGGAUAACUUGGAUUCGUCCCAGGCGGCUUUCAAUGUUUGCUUUGAUCAUGCCCUGAUCGAGGCCCUGGCGGGUAUCCUAGAGUGGAACGAAGCACAAGUGGUCAGGUUGAGGGAUUGGGUCCAGCACCAGGAGAACGAGGCCGAGAUGAAAUGCAUCCCGGCGGGUAGCCGAUGGGCGGAGGUCAAAAGGCGACUGUUGACUGUCUCAGGGGAUCUUUUGGGUGGAAGCAGGGAUGGGAUGGAGGGUAUUCAGUACGAAAGUGUGUCAAGGCAUGGAACGUCACCAGAGAGCUGGAUUGGGCUCAAUAUCGAGUGGACAACCAACGAGGAGGUGGACCAGACUACCGAGGAGAUUGUUGCCAGCAUGCCUCAGGGGAGCGAGUUGGUCAGGGUGAGCCAAGAUGGCCAUUUGAUGUUGGAUAAUGGAUGUCUUGAUCAAAGGCUUUUGUUCUGCGAUCCUUUGUCAGGCGAGUUCCCCGCGUUGAACACCAAUGGUAACGUGCACGAGUUUCUGAGGAGGGAUGCUAUCGUGGAGGAGAAGCAUCUGAUUUGGUUGGCGCUCGGACUGGUGACAGAGUCCUUCCAAGGAGAGCGGGUUGUUGAGGUUCGGCAGCACGGACAGAGUGAAGAGACAACCAUUCCGUCAGGUCGUUCUGUGCUGUCCAAAAUGGUGUGCUCGCCUGAGGCGUACCAGUUGGUGUGGAUGGUGGUCGUGGCAUAUCUCCGACAGACGGCGACAUUGACGGAUGAGAGAAGUAGCACUCCUGUGGCGACGACGUCGACGACAUUGGCAGGGUGGACAAACGAUUCUCUGUCGUGGAUAAGCUUAGAGGAAGGGGAGGAGCAACGGUCGAAGCGCGAAUAUGAUCGUGGCAACAGUUCUGUACGAUCAGCCACCCCAACACCCUCGCACGGAUCGUUUACGUCGUGGGUGUCGAAGGUCAGGGCGUUGAAGCUGUUGUUGACGGACCGACUGGGACUGGAUGCGUGGCUGAUGAUUGAGAUACUGAGAGAGAUUGAAGGCGACCUUGAGGACGCAGCGAUUAUCGAGGACCUGGAUAGCAGCGACCAGGACGACAGCGACAAUGAUAGCGAAGAUGACGACGAGGCCUAA